AUGUGGAUGAAGAGGAUAUUGAAUACCCGGCCGAGGAACAUCGAAAGCUACUGCGAAAUAUUGAUUGGCGAAUUGUUCCCCUCGCUGCUUGGGUCUGCGGUCUACGAUUUGUGGACAAGUCUGGUCUUGGCCGCCACGACAUAUGGUCUUCGCGAUGAUCUUCACCUUGUUGGCCAAGAGUACUCUUGGUGUGUUUCUAUAUUCUAUUUUGGAUACCUGACAGGUUUAUGGGUGAUGCCUUGCUAUGUUGUAUUGGGGCCACGAAUUUGCUUUAAUAUUGGUAUUGAGGUUCAUUCUUGGGCUUUUCGAAUCAUGCCUUAUUCCUGGACUAUUGCUUGUCACAACCAUGUGGUAUACACAAGAAGAGCAGCUUCUGCGGUUUGGUUUAUGGACUAUGACAAACGGUGCUCUUCCGGUGCCCUUCUUAAUCAUUUACUAUGUCAUGUCACAACAGGUCCCAUAGUUAACAUCCUGGCGGCUCAUUUUCCUCAUCAUUGGUCUCUUGAGCAGUUUGACAGGGCUCAUUUCAAGUGGGAGCAGGUGCAGGGAACAUUGAGAGACCCGCAUGCGUGGUUGUUAAUCUUACAGAUGUUGUUCUCUCAGACUGCUGGGAAUGUGACAACAAACUUCCUCGGGAUUGUGAUCAAGGGGUUUGGGUACACUGCACUGAAGGCACAAUUAUAUACCACCCCCAACUAUGCCAUUCAGUGA